UGGCUUGGCAGCAGUAGCCGGUAGAAUCAAACAUAGCAGAAGCGAAUGUGUGAUUAAAAGCGACCAAAAGUAAUAAAUUAGGUUAUUUUUCUGUGGUUGGUGUGUGCUGGGGUGUAGCAGCAGUCUUUCACAUGCACUCAAGUAUUGUUUCUCGCCUACUUCUUAACUGGUGGACGUUGUGUGGAGUUUCAUUAGCACUUUGCGUAGCCGUGUUUAUGCCCAAUACCGUGCAUCUGUGGCAGGUAGCUCGACGUGCACUAGCAAAUAUGGCUGCCAACACUAGCACAAGCACGCAGUUUCCUCCUGGGACCUUUUCGGUUUCCUACGUCACAGCCCCGAACGAAGAAGUGGCCCAGAAGCUGGCACAGGGCCUCGUCCAAAAAAAAUUAGCAGCCUGUGUGAACAUGGUCCCAAACAUCCUUUCUGUGUACGAGUGGAAGAACGAAAUCCAAAAGGACAAAGAAGUACUCAUGGUCAUCAAAUCAAGAACAUCAAGGCUGGACGAACUGACGACAUACGUCCGCCAAAACCACCCCUACGAAGUCUGCGAAGUGAUCUCAACACCUAUACAGCAUGGUAAUCCUCCGUACCUCCAGUGGCUCGCGGAUGUUGUCCCUGCCAACGCUCCGACUGCCUCUGGCUAAAUAAAUGUUUGCUAGUCAUA